AUGUCAUGCUUAGUCAUUGCCGACCAUAUCACCAACCCCGUGGAUCUUUUCUACUUCACUCUGACAUGUAAGGAUCUAUGGCACCUUCUCGGCCAUCGUACAUGUGAGAAGGACGCACAGUUCCAACAAAGCCUCGAAGGCAUCCCAGUCCUCGCACACGAUGAUCAAAGAAUCCCCAUACUCCACCACGUCAUUGAGACUUCCCGGGACAUUCAGACGGUGGAGAAGGCAGUCAAGGCGUUUAGCAAGGUCUUUCCCGGAUCACUCGACGGCUACUGGAGAGAGGGAUUUCGAUACUCCGCACCCCUGAUCACAGCUAUUACACUGGGCAGGAAAGAUAUCGUCGAAAUGCUCCUUGACCAUGGGGCGAAUAUCGAUAUCAAGGUUCACUCAUUGAACAACCCUACCCAUCAGAGACCACACACGUCAACAACGCAUACGCCGCCGGAGGUGAGCGGAUAUCCGUGUUAUCAGAUAUGUUAUUCAACCUUAACAGCUGCCAUCCGUGCCGACAAGAAGGAGAUAGCAGAACUGCUGGUGGCACGCGGCCUCGACCUGGACGGGAUCUCCACCCCGACGUUCUACGACUUGGUAGACACGGACUGGACAACAGUCAUGAGACAAGUGGGAGCAGCCUACCUACCCUGGACUGACGUAUGGGACGGGCGAUACGGGUGUACUAACCGCCUGCUUCUCCGCGAGGCGAGAAAGGGAAGGGCUUCCGUCGCCAAUAUAGACAUGCUCGUCGAGCUGGCCGGCAUGGCGCCGCGUAUCGACGGCAUUCUUGACGAUAAGCCCUACCUUGGGCUCAAAAUCAACAAACCGCAGUGCGCCAUCUAUUUUCUGCGGGCAAAGGAGGCUUGGGGUUACGACCAUAUGCUGAGCCCAGAACGGUGUGUCGAUCUCUCUUUCGGCGACGAUUGGAACAUCGAGUGCUCAAAGUACCUGUACAGUCGCAGAGGGUACUACAAUCUUGAGGGGCGAGAUCUGCUGACCAUCGCGCUCCGCGGGAGUCCCAAGACUCCUCGGACUAUCGAGUUUCUCGUGAAUAACGGCUGCGCCCUCGACCAGUCUCACCCGUGGAGCGCGCGGUGCGCAGCGGUAACACUGUCAUCGUCGAACUUCCGAAGCGGCCCUUGUCCAGAACGUGCGGUUCUUGUCCUUCAACGGUCGUCCGUAGCCACUGCUGGAAUAUGCAGUGACGAAGGGUCCUUGGCCCUUGGGGGCCUGUGUUUCGCUUGA